AUGGACUUUCCAGCAGAAUCACAUGAAUCAUUAUUAACAUCACAAUGGUUUGAUUAUACGCCAGAAAUGAAUGCAAUUAUAAAUGCAUUUCAUCAACGUAUAUUUAAUUUAGAAAUUCCAUUGCAUAGAAAUAGUAAAGUAUUGAAUCAUUCACAGACAAAAAUAAAAGAUAAUUUAUCGGAUCAAACAACAUUAGCCAAUAACAAUUUACUUAAUAGUUCGCUUCACACAGAUAAUAUACAAAUAUCAUCAUCUGAAAUACCCGUAUUAUUUCCGUUACAUCUUACUCCAAAUCAAAUGAAAAUACGUGCAUAUGAAUAUGCAAUUAUUUUUGAGGAUGCAUUUGAUCAACUAAAUAUUAUUCAUAAUGCAUUAUCUAUAACCAGUUUUAAUCGAAAUAAUAAUCAAUUUCAAUUAGAUAAUAUCAAUUCAUCUCAUAUUUCUGAUUGUUCAUCAUUUGCAUUAAAUCUAUUGAGUACGAUUGAAUAUGAUAAAUUUCAUUAUGAAAUCGAAUAUUUUUUUCAUAUUCUUAUGUUAUUAUUUCGUACUUUACUUCUUGAAUUUCAAAUAAAUUUUCAAACUUCUAUUACUAAUAUUUAUGAUCAACUACCUUCUCGACAAUUAAUUGAAUUAAAUAAUCGUAUAAAAAUUUCUCAAGAUAAAAUUCGAAAUUUAUUAUUUAUUAAAAAACAUUUUCAAACGGAAAAAUCUCAACAAUUAAAUAGAAUUAAUUCUAAUAAAUCACAAUUAAAUGAUCAUUUAAUGGAAGAAAAAUAUCGUUCAAAAAUUGCAUUACGCUAUUCUAAUGAUUGGAAACAAAAUCAUAUUUUACAAUGGAUACAAAUGUUAUCUUAUAUUGAAGAAAAUUCUCAAAAAACUAUUGAUCAAUAUGAGACAAUUCUUAAACAAACAGAAAUAUCUCAUAAAGAAACAAUUCAUAUUUUAUUUAAACAAAAUAAUGAAAUGAAACAAAAUGUUAAUAAAUGGUAUGAAUAUUAUCAAAAUGAAACAUAUCGUUUUGAACGAGAAUUAAUUCAUUUUCGAAAUGAAUUCAAUCAAAUAAAACGGCAAAGACAAGAUAUGUAUGAAGAAUAUGAAAGAAUGAAAAUUAUUGUUGAUGAAUAUAAUCAAAUGAAAAUCAAUGAGAAAUUAUUUUUAGAAAAAGAAAAAGAAAAAGAAGAAGCUAUAAAACGUAUUCAAGCUUGGUGGAGAGGAACUAUGAUUCGACAUAUAAAACAAAAACGACGAAAGAAAAAGAAGAGUUAA